GCGUUGAUGGAAACAAGGUAUUUGCGUGUGGGUGUGUGUACAUAUUGUUAUCGAAAAAUGCAACGCUGUCAAAGUGUGGUAUUUUUCUUCAUAUAUUAUCACUGGUUAAAGUUUAGGAUACCCUGCGCAUACACGAAAAGUAAUUUUUUUUUGUCUAAAUAGUGUAUGUUUUGAAACAUUCUCUAUAUGUACAUACAAACAAAUAGAACUCCAUAUCCAAGUGCAUUAAGCAACAAUUGCUAGCGUUUAAAUGUGUUUGGCCGCUUAGUUUGUUGUUAUGAAUAUAUCGAAAGUGACAACAUCGCUUGCUGCUGCGGCUGCUGCCGCCGAAAAAGCGAAACCCGAACGUGUAACAUCUGCAACGGCAGCGCUCAAUUUUAAUACAAUAUCCAUACAGAAGCGCACCAGUGUGGACGACAACGACGAUCCGAAUCGCAAGAAACUGAAGCGCGAUAUAGUUAUAUGCACGCCCACAACCAGUUUACCCGCCAAACAACGUGCAGCUACAGCUACAGCUACAACAACAGCAACAACAACAACAGCAGCAGCAGCAGCAACAACAGCGCCAGCAGCAACAGCAGGAGCAGUAGCUGCCGUGGUAGUACCAGCAGCAUCAUCAUCAUCAUCAUCCAUAAACAAAUUAACGGCUGACGAGUCACAAACAGCAAGCAUCAGCAUUGGCGGCAAUUUCGUUAGUCACGCGAAUACCAAGUCAGAAGCUGCCGCUGCCGCUGCAGCUGCAACAACUUCAGCUGACGUCUGUUGGGAGCAGCGGGAUGAUCAAAUAAUCGUAUGUGAAAUGAACGCCAUCAAGCCAGAGGAGUCGUCCAGCACCAACACGAACACCACCAACGCCAGCAGCAGCAACAGCAACAUCAGCAAUAGCAACAACCCAAAGCAAACUUAUGCCAGCUUUACCAAAAAAGAUGUCACAACAGCAUCAAUUUCCUCAUCCUCCUCCACAGCCUCCAUUAUAUCCAUUGAGUCGAGUGCUGAGCCGACGCCGAGCAACAGCAGCGAGCAACCGCAGUCACAGGCACAGUCGCAGUCGCAGUCGCAGUCUCAGCCGCCACCACAGCUGGGCAAGACGGUGACCAUUCAGGAGCUGGACUAUGUGCUGUUGCCAGCAACGACUACGGCUGAGCUGAAGCCAGCGGCAGCGCAGCAACUUGAAGCAACAGUUACGAACAACAAUGCCACUGGCAGCAAUGCCAGCAGCAGCAGCAACAAUAACAACAACAGCAGCAGCGGCGGCGGCGCCAGCAGUAGCAGCAGCAGCACCAGCAAUAGCAUUGCCAGCAACAGCAGCAAUAGUAUUGCCAGCAGCAGCAUCAUUGCCACAAAGCUAACAACGGCCGCCCAGCUGCAGCCGGGCAGCUACAACAUGUUCAACAGCGGCACAGCAACGGGCGCUGGCACAGCGACGGCGACGGCAACAACAACGCUGCUGAAUCGCGUCAGCUUCCAGACCAAGUACAAGGGCCAACAGGUGAUGGUGAAUGCCAAGAAACUGGCCGAGGGCACGCAGACAACGGCCAAGGUGUCCAUUGGCAACAAGAUGAUAUCGGUGCCGCUGGUCAAGCCCCAGAUUCUGCAGGGCGGCCAGUUUAUGAGUGCGAGCGGUGCGACUACGGCGGGCGGCGCCACCAUUGUGGAGAGCAAGCAGCCGGGUACGACGGUGACGACGGCAACGGUGACCGCCCAGCAGGCGCAGCAGCUCCAGCARCAUGCACACCAGCAACACCCGCUCCAGCAACAUCCGCACCAGCAGCAACAACAACUGAACCUCAAGCUGGUCAAGUCGCGCAAGAACCCCACCACAAUCGUCUCCUUUGCCAAUGUACAGAUCAAGCCCGCCAAUACCAAAAUCGUCACCGCCAAGGUGGUCAGCAAGAAGAUGUCGCUGCAGUUCCAGCAGCAGCAGCAGCAACACCUCCAAUUGCAGAUACAGCAGCAGCAGCAACAGCAGCCCGGCACCGGCAGCAUUGUGACGAUAACCCCAACAAAUUCUGGACAAACAUUUACCAUGCUGCAGCAGCAGCAGCAGCAACAGCAACAGCAGCAGCAGCAGGACAAGCAACAGCACGAUGGCGAAGCACACGACCAACAACAGCAGCAACAGCCGAAGACAAUUACCUACAGCGAGAACAUCCAGAAGAUCUUGCUGAACAAGAGCAAGUCCAUGGAUGGUGGCGAACUGAGCACCGAGUUUGGCAAGAUCAAGAACAACGUUGUCAUCAAGCAGCUGGACAAGGGCCAGCUGCACUGCACGCCCAGCAUCAACAUAUUCAAGCAGCAGGCGCCGCAGCAACAGCAGCAGCAGCAGGGCGCCGCUGCUGGCGGGGAUGAGGCGCUGCCGAAGCCAACGACCGGCGCCACGCUCUGCGCACGGCCCAUCAUCUCCAUACAGAAGAACAUCUCGCUGGUGGUGUCCAAGACGGCGAUGGGCCAGCAGAAGUCCAAGAUGAUCACCACAUCGGCCAACAGCGGCGCCACACUGCAAAUGCAGCCCUUCAGCACGCUGGACGCCGAGACGGUGGGCAAGCUGCAGCUGAAGGCGCAGACGGUGAAGCUGGCCGAGGCGAAGGUCGAUGCUGGCGACGGUGAAGCGAAGCCGAAGCUGUUGCUGGUUAAGCAGGCGUCGGUGCCGGUUGAUAACCACAAGGAGUUGCCAGCUGAACAGCAGCAACAGCAACAGCAGCAGCAGCAGCAGCAGCAGCAGCAGGACGAGCAGCAACAACAGCAGCAGCAACAACAGCAGCAACAGCAGCAACAACAGCAGCAACAACAACAGCAACAGCAGCAACAACAGCAACAGCAACAACAGCAACAGCAGCAACAGCAGCAGCAACAACAACUGGGCAACACCACAGAGAAACGCAUUACGUUGCACACGCGUGUGGAUGAUUCCAAUAAUGCGCUGCUCAAGCAGUUACUGCAGAAUAGCAGCAGCAGCAGCAGCAGCGGCAGCAGCAGCAGCAGCAAUAGCAACACAAACAACAACAACAACAACAGUAGCAGCAACAACAGCAGCAGCCACAACACGCUGCAACAGAUAUCGAUUACAUCGGCGCCGCUGUCGGCGCGCAAGGUCAUCAAUGUGCGGGCGCCGAGCAUGGGUCUGGUCAGUUCGCUGGAGGCGCAGCUGGCACGGCCCGUUAUACCGCCCGUGCCGGCAGCUGUGAGCAGCAGCAGUAGUAAUACGAGCGGCAGCGGCAGCUGCAAUACAAUCACCACAACAACGGCCACCAUGGUGGCAAUUAGUCAGGCGGCUUCGGCCACGCCUAUGCCUACGCCCACUGCCACACCCACACCCACGGCGACGCCAGCUGUCGAGCAGCAGCAGCAGCAGACAUCCUUCAUAUCCACACCCGUCUCUGCCUCUGCUGCCUCAGCUGCAGCCGCCGCCGCUGCCGCUGCUGCUGCCGCUGCAGCUGCUGCGACCGCUGCUGGCACAGUUGCAACAGUUGCGCCCUCUGCCCAGCCCGCCGUGACCAAUAAGCUGCCCGCGCUGCUCGUGGAGCCGAGCAGCAACAAGACGGAGCCACUGCCGCCGCCGCCGCCGUACGAGCUGAGCACAGGGCACGUCUCGAAUGUGACCAUUUCCAUCACCACCAAGCCCAGCAAGGAGCUGCACAAGCUGAACAAGCUGGAGCCGCAGGACGACACGGAGCAGGAGAAGCCGCAGCAGCAGCAACAGCAACAGCAGCAGCAUCUGUCCGCUCCUGUGCUCAGUGGCGACAGCUGGAAGCUGCAGGAGAAGCAGCCAAAUGUGAAUCUGCUCAAUAGCGAGGCGAUCAAGCGAAAGUUGCCCAUGCAACAGCAGCAGUUACAACAGCAACAGCAGCAACAACAGCAGCAGCAGCUACAACAGCAACAACAACAAUUGCAGCAACAGCAACAGCAAAAUCAACAGCAACAACAGCAACCGCAACACCAGCAAUUGCAGCAACAUGCUGAGGAAAAGGAAGUAAAGAGCGAAAUUGCUGUGGGGCAUAGCAACAACGUGGAUCAUGAGCUGAUAAAGGCACGCAUAGCAACGCCAGCAGCCGCAUAUGAGAAACAGCAGCAACAGCAGCAACUGCAGCAUCAACAGCAGCCACAACACCAACAGCAGCAUCAGCAGCAGCAGCAGCAGCUGCAAAUGCAGUUACAGCAGCAACAGCAGCAGCAACAGCAACAGCAACAUCAACAGUUGCAAAUGCACUUGCAGCAGCAGCAGCUUUUACAACAACAGUUGCAGCAGCAGCAGCAACAACAACACCAACAACAACAGCCACAGCAACAACACCAACAGCAACAGCAGCAGCAGCUAUUGCAGCAACAACAGUUGCAGCAGCAACAACAACAGCAGCAACAUCAGCUACAUCAACAACAUCAGCAGCUCCAUCAGCAACAAAUGCUGCCACAGCAACAGCAACCGCCAGCAUCCGCAUCAGCAGCAACAACAAUAACAGCUCUGGCUGAGCCCAAGGCCGCGGAGCAGCGUAAGCGACGUAAGCGCGAGGCGCAGAGACCUCGGCGCAGCAAUGCGAAUGCCGCUGCUGGCGCUGCAGCCGCGGCUGCUGCUGCUGCGGCGGCGGCUGCUGCUGCCGCCAGUAGCAGCCUGCGGGACAUGCCCGGCUCGUUGCCAGCCGGCGCUGUGGUGCAGCUGACCAAUAUGCCGGGCAAUGUGCAGCUGGGCGGGCCGAUGGCCAGCAGCGGAGGCAGCGGUGGCAGUGGCAGCGGGGGACAUUUACUUGCGGGCAGCGGCUCCGGCAUGAGCUCACCCAUGCUGAAGAAGCGCGUGCGCAAGCUGUCCAAGGUGGAGGAGGAUCACGAUGCAUUUACCGAGAAGCUGAUGACGCACAUCCGGCAGAUGCAGCCGCUGCAGGUGCUCGAACCGCUGCUCAAUCGCAAUUUCCUCAUCGGCCACGGCCCCUGCUUCGGCAGCAACGGCAGCCACAACGGCGGCAGCGGCGGCGGCGGCGGCGGCAAGCUCAAGGCCAUAUCGCGUGCUCUGCAGCUGCAGCGCCAGCUGGACGAUGGCGGCAGCGUCGACUGCGAUCAGCUGCUCGGCCGCAUUGGUUAUUUGAGACACCCGAGCAUCAAGUCGUUAUACGAUAGCGAACGCUUCGGCGGCAGCGGCGACAGCUCGACGGGCAGCAACAGCAACAGCAGCAACAGCAACUGCGGCAGUGGCAGUGGCAGUGGCAACAGUCUGAAUUGUGGUUCGAUGUCGAGCAUACAGAACGAUUUUUACGAUCAGGAGUUCUCGACGCACAUUCAGCGGAAUCCGCGCGAGCGUCUGCAGCGCUUGAUGGCCGCCGUGCGCGAUUGCAAUCUGGAGACGACAGAUCUCGUUGAGCAGCAGCAACAUCAGCCGCUGCAGCAGCAGCACCAGCAUCCGACUCCUGCUAAUCGCUUGGAUGGUCCCGUGGCCUGGUCGCGCAUCAGCCGCUAUCCGGGCCUGGUGCUGCUCAACACCAACAGCAAUCAGCGCUGUGCUCCGGGCCGCAUGUCGCCGGUGGCUCUGGCCAUGGAUGCGACGACGAUGCGGACGCCGGUGUCGCCCAUUUUGCGCAACUGUGCCGAGGAGUUACGUAAGGCGCAGCAGCUGGAGCUGGGCAUGGGCUUGGGCCACAACAGCAGCAACAGCACCGGCAUCGGCACCGGCACCGGCAGCAGCUGCAGCAGCAAUAGCAUCAACAACAACAACAACUACCAGCAGAAGAACCAAAAUGUGAUACUCUCGCUGCACAGCUCGGCAACGGACAACAUUGCCGGCGUGCUGCGGGACUUGGCCAAUCUGUUGCACCUGACGCCCGCCUUAACCUGCAAACUGAUCGAUGCCUCCGCCGCGGACAAGGCCAAGGAGCCGAGCGAGCCGGAGCCGGGCCAGGGCCCGGGUCAAUCUGGUGCCGCUGCCGCUCUCACUAGUCAGGGCAAUCUGCGCAAAAUACUCACCGGGCAGCGCAAACUGUGCCGCGGCUGCGGCAGCAUCAUUGCCGCCUUCGGGCUGCGUGUGCCGUACCAGAAUCUGCCCGAGGAGCAGCCGUCGCCCAUGCUGGCAAUGCUGCGCUCGCUGCUGCCGCGCAAAUCCCCGCCGCCGCCGUACGCCUACUUCUGCAAUCGCAGUUGCUAUGCGCAGUACAAGUGGCGCGGCAAGGAGGAGCCGGCGGAGGAGGAGGCAACGACAGCGACAGCGACAGCAGCGGGAACGGGUGCGGGAGCGGGAGCGGGUGCAGCGGCAGGUGCAACGCCGACUUCAGCUGCGCCGUCUGCAGCAAGUGAUUCAUGCAUGAACAUGUUGCCCAUUGUUAAGGUGGAGCCCGAAGAUGUGGAUAUGGAGCAACAGCAACAGUCGCAGCAGCAGCAGCAGCAGCAACAAUCACAGCAACAGUCGCAGCAGCAACAGCAGCAGCAGCAGCCACAGAAUGAAUCGGAGCCAACGCCGCCGCCCGUGAAGCGCAAGUGCAUCAUCAAGUACUACAGCGCCGACUGCUUCGCAGCCUCGCCAGCCUCUGCAGCCAUCAAGCAGGAGAACGAAGCAGCUGCGCCCAACAACACCGUCUGGGAGACAGACUUCAAUCCGGACACGCUGGAGGAUCUGCGCCAGUGCGUCUUCUGCAAUCAGCGCGGCGAUGGCAAAGCCGAUGGGCCCUCGCGCCUGCUCAACUUCGAUGUGGACAAAUGGGUCCAUUUGAAUUGUGCACUGUGGUCCAAUGAUGUCUAUGAGACCGUCUCGGGCGCAUUGAUGAACUUUCCGAUGGCCCUGCAGUCGGGGCUGAAUCAGGCGUGCAGCGCCUGCCAUCAGCUGGGCGCCACCAUCAAGUGCUUCAAGUCGCGCUGCAGCAAUCUCUAUCACCUGCCGUGCGCCAUCAAGGAGGAGUGCAUCUUCUACAAGAACAAGUCGGUGCACUGCAGCGCCCAUGCGGCCAACAGUUCGGCGGGCGUCACCGAGAACGAGCUCAGCUCGUUUGUGGUGCAUCGCCGGGUGUUUGUCAAUCGUGACGAGAACCGUCAGGUGGCCACGGUCAUGCACUACUCGGAGCUGAGCAAUCUGUUGCGGGUCGGCAACAUGACCUUCCUCAAUGUGGGCCAGCUGUUGCCGCAUCAGCUGGAGGCCUUCCAUACGCCCCACUACAUUUAUCCCAUUGGCUACACGGUGAGUCGCUACUAUUGGUGCGUGCGUCGGCCGAAUCGUCGCUGUCGUUAUGUCUGCACCAUUGCCGAGGUCGGCUGCCGGCCCGAGUUUCGCAUCCAGGUGCACGACGGCAACGACAAGGAGCCGGACAGGGAGUUCCGGGACAGCACACCCUCGGCCGUCUGGCAGCAGAUACUGCAGCCCAUACAGCGCCUGCGCAAGGAGCACAAUUGGCUGCAGCUCUUCCCGCAGCACAUUAGCGGCGAGGAUCUUUUUGGCCUGACCGAGCCGGCCAUUGUGCGCAUCCUGGAGAGUUUGCCCGGCAUCGAGACGCUCACCGAUUAUCGCUUCAAGUAUGGACGCAACCCUUUGCUGGAGUUCCCGCUGGCCAUCAAUCCGUCCGGUGCGGCACGCACCGAGCCCAAGCAGCGCCAGCUGCUCGUCUGGCGCAAGCCGCACACCCAACGCACCGCCGGCAGCUGCAGCACCCAGCGCAUGGCCAACUCGGCGGCAAUAGCGGGCGAGGUGGCGUGCCCCUACAGCAAACAGUUUGUGCACUCCAAGAGUUCGCAGUACAAAAAGAUGAAGCAGGAAUGGCGCAACAAUGUCUACCUGGCACGCUCGAAGAUCCAGGGCCUGGGCUUGUAUGCGGCACGCGACAUCGAGAAGCACACGAUGAUCAUUGAGUAUAUUGGCGAGGUGAUACGCACUGAAGUAUCGGAGAUACGUGAGAAGCAAUACGAGUCAAAGAAUCGUGGUAUCUAUAUGUUCCGCCUGGAUGAGGAUCGCGUUGUCGAUGCCACAUUGAGCGGCGGCCUAGCGCGCUAUAUCAAUCACUCCUGCAAUCCCAAUUGUGUGACCGAGAUCGUUGAGGUCGAUCGUGAUGUGCGCAUCAUAAUAUUCGCUAAGCGUAAGAUCUAUCGAGGCGAAGAGCUCUCGUACGAUUACAAAUUUGAUAUUGAGGAUGAUGCACAUAAAAUACCCUGCGCUUGUGGUGCGCCCAAUUGUCGAAAGUGGAUGAAUUAAAUAGCAGUAAAAGAAGCAUAAGCAACAACAACAACAACAACAACAGCAACAGCACCUGCACUAGCAACAA